UCCCGCUCGGCUCCAGCAGCCUUAGGGUUGACGUGUCUGCUGUUCGCCGCGGCUAGACCGGUAGGGCCGUGAUGGCGGAUGCCUGGGAAGAGAUCAGGCGGUUGGCGGCUGACUUCCAGCGGGCGCAGUUCACCGAGGCCACUCAGAGGUUGUCAGAGCGGAACUGCAUUGAGAUUGUGAAUAAAUUGAUUGCUCAGAAACAGCUAGAAGUAGUUCAUACACUUGAUGGGAAGGAAUAUGUUACUCCAGCCCAGAUUAGUAAAGAAAUGAGAGAUGAGCUACAUAUUCGAGGUGGUCGAGUAAACAUUGUUGAUCUGCAACAGGUAAUUAAUGUGGAUCUGACUCAUAUUGAAAAUAGAAUUGGUGACAUUAUUAAAUCAGAAAAACAUGUUCAGCUAGUGUUGGGACAGUUGAUAGAUGAAAACUAUUUGGAUCGGUUAGCAGAAGAGGUAAAUGAUAAAUUGCAAGAAAGUGGCCAAGUAACUAUAUCAGAACUGUGUAAAACCUAUGAUCUGCCUGGAAACUUUCUGACACAGGCACUAACUCAGCGACUAGGCAGAAUUAUAAAUGGACACAUUGAUCUUGAUAACAGAGGAGUAAUAUUUACUGAAGCUUUUGUAGCUCGACAUAAAGCACGUAUCCGCGGACUGUUCAGUGCUAUUACCCGGCCUACAGCUUUGAAUUCUUUGAUAUCAAAAUAUGGAUUUCAGGAGCAGCUUCUUUACUCUGUCCUUGAGGAACUUGUUAAUAGUGGACGCUUACGAGGCACUGUGGUUGGUGGGAGACAAGAUAAGGCGGUGUUUGUGCCUGACAUCUAUUCCAAAACACAAAGUACUUGGGUGGAUUCCUUUUUCAGGCAGAAUGGCUAUCUAGAAUUUGAUGCUUUGUCCAGACUUGGAAUCCCAGAUGCUGUAAGCUACAUAAAGAAAAGAUACAAGAAUGCACAACUCUUGUUUUUGAAAGCAGCUUGUGUUGGUCAAGGACUCGUGGAUCAGGUGGAAGCCUCAGUAGAGGAAGCCAUCAGCUCUGGAACAUGGGUUGAUAUUGCACCUCUGCUACCCAGUUCUAUAUCAGUUGAAGAUGCUGCAAUGUUGCUUCAACAAGUGAUGAGAGCAUUCAGCAAACAGCCUUCAGCUGUAGUCUUUAAUGACACAGUUGUAGUCAGUGAAAAAUUUAUAAAUGACUGUACAGAACUCUUCAGUGAACUGAUGCACCAAAAAGCUGAAAAGGAACUGAAAAAUAAUCCAGUUCAUUUAAUAACUGAAGAAGAUCUGAAACAAGUCUCCAUUUUAGAAAAUAUUAAUACAAAUAAAAAAGAUAAAAAAGAUGAACGAAGGAGGAAAGCAACAGAGGGCAGUGGAAGUGUGAGAGGAGGAGGUGGUGGCAAUGCCAGAGAGUACAAAAUUAAGAAAAUCAAGAAGAAAGGAAGAAAAGAUGAGGAUAGUGAUGAUGAGUCAUCUCAUACUGGAAAAAAGAAGCCAGAGAUCACUUUUAUGUUCCAGGAUGAGAUUGAAGAUUUUCUAAGAAAACGUGUACAAGAUGCCCCUGAGGAGUUUAUUUCUGAACUUUCUGAGUACUUAAUAAAACCUCUUAAUAAAAUUUACCUCGAGGUAGUGCGUUCAGUAUUCGUGUCUUCAACAACUUCAGCCUCUGGAACUGGCAGAAAGCGCACAAUCAAGGACUUGCAAGAAGAGGUUUCAAAUCUGUACAAUAAUAUUAGAUUAUUUGAAAAAGGGAUCAAGUUCUUCACAGAUGAUACACAGACUGCUCUUACCAAACACUUGCUAAAGACAGUCUGUACCGACGUCACUAAUCUCAUUUUCAACUUCUUAGCUUCGGAUUUAAUGAUGGCGGUCGACGACCCUGCAGCCAUUACAAGUGAAGUAAGAAAAAAAAUUUUAAGUAAAUUAUCAGAAGAAACUAAAGUAGUUCUUACAAAACUCCAUACUUCCUUGAAUGAAAAGAGCAUAGAAGACUUUCUUUCCUGCCUGGAUUCUGCAGCAGAAACUUGCGAUAUUAUGGUGAAAAGGGGAGACAAAAAAAGGGAAAGGCAGAUCCUGUUCCAGCAUCGACAGGCACUGGCUGAGCAGCUGAAAGUCACAGAGGACCCUGCUCUCAUUCUGCACCUCACAUCAGUCCUGUUGUUCCAGUUCUCUACCCACAGCAUGCUCCAUGCCCCUGGAAGAUGUGUCCCACAGAUCAUUGCUUUCCUUAAUAGUAAAAUUCCAGAGGAUCAGCAUACUCUUUUGGUGAAGUAUCAAGGACUGGUUGUAAAGCACUUAGUUAACCAAAAUAAGAAGACUGGGCAGGAAGAUGACUCCUUGAGUGAUGAAUUAGACAAAGAACAAGAAGAUAUCACCACUACUACUCGUAAAGAGCUCCAAGAACUUUCUCUAUCCAUUAAAGACCUUGUUCUCAAAUCCAGAAAAUCAUCUGUGACAGAAGAAUAAUGAUCUUAAUUACUUUUGCCAGUGUAUAGGGAAAUGACAAGAACACAUGUAUAAACUCUGGAAUGGCCAUUUCCACAGAAAUCUGGGAACACUAUUAAAGUGGCCUAGGAUUCACACAAAUUGCUGUACCUUGAAGACCACCCUAAGCAAACAAAACAACUUAUAGAAGCCAGGAGAGACUUCAUCCAAACCAUUUAAGAAAGAAUCCUUGACUUUAGUUUUCAGAAUCACAGUGUUUUCCAUUUACAUAAAAAAAAAGGAAUGACUAAACAUGUAUUAAACUUUUGUAAGU